AUUCCCUCUGACUUAGAAUUUUUUUAUCAUGCUUCUUUAAAAUCGUAUGUGGUCUUUUUUGUAGAUAUCUCUGUUGACACUUUCGGUUUGUUUUGCUUGAUUGUUACAGAGAGGAAAGUUAUUCUCUUUGCGCGUGUCCCGUUCUCUUCUCCAAUUCUCGUCUUAAACUGUCCCUUCCAUCGAAACCUCUGCACCUCUGCUACUGUAAAGAAAUGAAUUACACUAUCUUAUAUUUCCAGAAACGCCUGCUCACCUCAAUUCUAGACCCUGAUAAUCAUAGUCUCUGUCGCGUUCUUUUAUCAUCAAUCAUGGUUCGUUGUUCCCGGUAACUCCUCUGCCAAGUGGCAUCCACCACUACCUAAUGUUCACCUCCCUGUGCUCCGCCUAACUUUAGCCCGAACUCAAAUUUCUCGGACUUCUUUGCAAUCUCCAAACUCCUCAUGAACCCUGUUACUUCCUCGGGUGCGGCCCUCGUGUUGGCUUUGGACUGGACCGGGAUAAAAUCGGAUCCUGGUUUUGCUGCAGGCUAUAUUCGAUUGUUCUCCCAACUUGUUCUACGCACUGUUUCUCUGGGCAGAGAGGAAACCCGGCUUUCACUUCACUGCAACUCUAUUCAAUUCCAUUAUCAAUGUUCUCGCUAAGGCCAGGGAGUUUGGUUUUGCAUGGUCCCUAAUUCUUGAUCGGACUUAUAAGAAAGAGGGACCUACUUUGAUUUCUGGGGAGACGUUUGCCAUUCUAAUUAGACGGUAUCCACGUGCAGGUAUGGUACCUGGCUUGCGAGUUUAGUAUUUUGUUAUGCUCCAGUGAAUUCGUUUGAUUUUUUCUGUGCUUCAAUCUUGAAGUUACAAGGAACCAAUUUGCACAAUGUGCAGACUUUUUAAAGUAGAAUGACUUGAAUUUGUAACCAAUAUGGGUUAGGUCUGUGAUUUUCAUUGGGGAAUUAUAUGCACAUUCUUCUUUUCAAGUGCGUGGUGUCUUCAUGACUUGAAAAUUUUCUCGUUUCUGUAGAGUAAAUAAGGAUCUUGGAUUAUGAUUAGGUUUGUUACUUCCAUUUACGGCUUAGUGUUUUCUGGCUUUAUGAUCCCUAUUCUGUCGUGAGUUCCUGCUGGGAUGAUCCCAUCAGCCAUUCAAACAUUUGAAUUUGCUAGUAGUUUUGACUCAAUUGGUAAAUCGGAUUCAAAAAUCUGUUUGUUUGAGAUUUUGUUGGAUUCCCUUUAUAAAGAAGGACAUGUUAAGGUAGCCUCGGAAUACUUCAACAGGAAAAAGGAAUUAGAGGAAAAUUGGGUUCCUUCAAUUCGGGUUUAUAAUAUUUUAUUAAAUGGAUGGUUUCGGUCAAGGAAACUCAAAUAGGCAGAGAAAUUCUGGUUGAAAAUGAAAGAGGAGAAUGUGAGAGCAACUGUUGUCAUUUAUGGCACCCUUGUAGAAGGGUACUGUCAGAUCUGCCGUGUUGAGGUGGCAAUAAAAUUUGUGAAUGAAAUGAGAAGAGGGGGAAUUGUGCCAAAUGCUAUAAUUUAUAAUCCCAUUAUCGAUGCCAUAGGGGAGGCUGGUAGGUUUAAAGAAGCAUUAGAUAUGAUGGAAGCUUUUCUACUGUGUGAAUCUGGCCCAACUAUUUCCACUUACAAUUCUUUGGUGAAAGGUUUUUGUAAGGCAGGAGAUCUUGUCAGUGUUAGCAAGAUCAUUAAGACGAUGAUUAGGAUCUUUUCAAAAUUUAGGAAAACCGAGGAGGGGAUGAACAUAUAUACUAAGUUGCUUGAAGCUGGGUACGGCCCCGAUAGACUUACUUAUCAUCUCCUGUUGAAGAUGUUUUAUCAAGAUGAGAGAUUGAACUUGGCUGUGCAAGUCAGCAAGGAAAUGAGAGCUAGGGGAUGUGAUCUGGACUUGGCCACUAGCACCAUGUUGAUUCAUCUGCUUUGCAAAAUGAAUAGAUUUGAAGAGGCUUUUGCGGAGUUCAAAGACAUGAUAAGAAAGGGUAUAGUUCCUCAGUAUCUUACUUUUCAUAUAAUGAAAGAUAAGUUAAGGAAAAAAGGAAUGACUGACAUGGCACAUAAAUCAUGUCAUGUGAUGUCUUCUGUCCCUCAUUCAAACAAGAUGCCCAACACAUACAGUGAAGACAUAAAUGUAUCACGUGCAAGGAGAAGAUCCAUAUUACGGAAAGCUGAAGCCAUUUCUGAUAUACUAAAGACUUUUAAAGAUCGAAGAGAACUUAUUAAGCAUGGAACUUCAUCUGAAAAAGCUCUAGGGAGCGUUAACCGGUUAAUAGAGUAUAUCAAGGGAAAAGUUAAGGAGACGUAAAAUCACUUAUAGUUAAAACAAAGUCCAUCCCCAGCAUUUUUGUCUCUUAGGGGAAGGGGAUGUGGAACAGAAAGCACUUAGGAUGUACUUUUCAGUACUCACAUUUAAUAAUUUGGAGCCGAUCGUGGACUGCACGGAGAAAGAAGUAUAAGACAUGAGUCAGAAGUACUAGAGGGUUGAGGAUUGAUAUUUAAGAAUCUGAUAUGGAGAUGUAGUUUCUUCACCAGUUAUUUUAAGUUGCUUGAAGAUGGUUUUGCAAACCCAAUUGGUGGAUGUGGCUUCUAUGCAGACUGGAAAGGCAGAAGCGGAGAGAAAGAAUGCAAGCAAGAGCUAGGAGAGGCAAUGAGAGAGGGGAAGAAAAAGAAAAGGGAAUUUUCUUCUGGUGGGUGAGUGAAGUCAGUUCCUCCUUUUUCUGGCUAAUUAGGUUACUUUUAUUGAAGCAAAUUUUUAGGGUUCUGAGUUUUUAAAGGGUUGUACAGAGUAUGUUUGUUCGCAGCUCUUUCCUGCACUGAUUCUUGGCACCCAUUUAUCAUUGAUAUCAGGAAGAAGUAUAAUUUUUCUAGUGUAGUGGUCUUUUUCUAGGGCAAUUUUCUUCUUAUUGGUUCAAGGAAUAAGUGUCUUAAUGAAGAUUGAUGUCGUUAUUGUGGUUCUUUAUGACAACAAAUUUUUCCAGAUUUUGUCGGGUUUUCUCUUUCGAGGAUUGUUAAGCUAUUUGGUUGACCUUGUUUAGAUGGCUGAGAAGUGUUUCAAUUGGGAUUUAUGCUUUUAUCUGGACAUGAAUAAAUGGUCUAAAAUUUUCUUGAGAGAGAUGGAUAGGUUCUUGCUUAUCAAAGUAGUGGCUUAAAGCUUGGGACUCUUAAAUCUAUUAAUGAAUCUUUAACAAGAGGUGCUGUUUAUAUUUCUUUGAUGGUCACAUAUUGCCUUGGAGGAAGCAAAGUGAAGCCAAUAAGCAGUUAUUGAUUGUGACUUUUUCUCUUUAACCCUCAUUGGAAGUUCCUUUUCCUGAUACAAACAAUUUAUUUUUCACUGCCAACCUAAAUUCUUACUCCUUUAAUUCCUUCUCCUUCUCCUUACAAAUUACCUUUGCUUAUGUAAUCUGUUUUUUACUGUUAACCCUUUUUUCUUACUCCUUUUUCUCAUCAUUCUUUUGUACUAACUUGUUUGAUUCCCUUUCCUUUUCCUGAAAUCUUCUAUUCAUGCAUACUUGAUGCAGGGAUAGCUCUCCGCUGUAACUAUAGCUUCUUUCAUUGGAUAUAUAUUAAUAUUAACCUAUGUCAAAUGCUAUGAUCUUUCGAAUGCCUGCUGUUUGCUAUAAUGUCACAUUUGGAGAUCUUCAGGAGGCUUUUGCUGCUGUGGAGAGGACAAAGUAUGUUUUAUUAGGAACUGAUAUAGAUGAAGCCCUUGCAUAUGGUUUAUAAAGAGAAAUUCAGAGAAGAAGUUCAUGGGGAAAAGAGUAUAAUUCCUAUCCAUCGGUUGUAAUGGAAAAGAGCAAUAUUUAGAUACUCGUUACAUGCCAGCCCAGAAAUCAGCCUAGCUUGGACCGGUGGUGUCUGUCUUAAGGGCAGCGGGUUUCCAUGGUUGCAAGACAAUUCAAUGCAUUAUGACACUACUGCUGGAGAUGGACGGAAGCAAUUCCUAUUGUACUCGGUCUUUCCUGCACAAUCAGCAGAAGUUUUCUCUGUACAAGACCGUUUUGAAUUUAUUUGUGCAGGUCCUCUCAUCGAAAAAUUGGGCCUCAUCCAGGAAAA